AUUUGUCGGUGUGGUAACAUGAAAGAUUUUAGUAUAUAAGGCUCAAUAAUUGAAUCAAACGGCAGUGCAAUUGCAUUCGAUCAUCGAAUCACAUUGACCUCACAAAAUGAAGUUGGUUGCUGUUUUGUGCCUUGUUGGUCUGGCUGCCGCCUCCCCUCGUGGAGGUCUUGGCUCCGAGGGAUCCAUCUUUGAUUGGGAAUCCGGCAAGACCUACGUCUUCAAGUACAAUUCUCGUCAAUUGACCGGUUUCCCUGGUUUGGCCGCCGAGUACUCCGGUUUGGGCUUGGAGUCCCAAAUCCAUUUGUCCGUCCAGAGCUCCACCGAGUUCUCUCUCUCUGUCAAGGAGGCUCGUUACGUCCGCGUCAACGACAAGCUCCAAAGCAGAGGAAGCGAGAUGGAAACCAACUGGAGGAACUUGGAACUGCCCGAGUUCACCUCGGUGCCUUCUGAGUACGCCAAAUACUUGGAGAUCCCCACCAUCUUCCAAUUCGAGAAGAGGACCGGCGAGUUCUUGUCUUUGGUUGUCUCUGGUGAUGAGCCUGAAUGGUGUAUCAACUUCAAGAAGGCCUUGGUGUCUCUCAUCCAGACCAAGAUCCAAGAUUCUCAAUCGGCUGUUGAAAGCAACAAGAUUGAAUCUGGCAAGAACACCGAGACUUUCUGGAAGAUUAAGGAACAAUCCAUUGAUGGUGUGUGCGAGGUCAUGUACCAACUCAACGAGGUUCCUUCUUACAUGAUCAAGGACUUGCCCCGUCUUAGCGAAACUGAACAACACCAUGAAGCCUUGAAGCAGGUCUGCAAGGGUCAAAACCAACACUUUGAGUUGGUCAAGACCAAGGAUGUCAGCUCGUGCGAGAAGAGGUCUUCUUUCACUGCCUACAAGCCUGGAUACUUCCGAUGCCCCACCGGCAACUGUGACGGUAUGUGGUCCCGAAGCUCAAUUACCCGCUACAUUGCCUGUGGUUCCGUUGACAACUUGAAGGUGGUGUCCAUCUUUAACGAGGGUGAACUGUACCAGAACCUCUUGGCCAUCAACACCGAAAAUAUCCUGACCGGCACCAAGCAAACCAUGAAGCUCGUCAAGGUCGAAAACCACAGCGAGAUCAAGCGUCCCCACAACCCCAAGACCCUCAAGUCCCUCUUGUACACCUACAAGAUUCAAGACCGUCUCAUCUCUAAUGGCGAAGAAGCCGGCGAGGGCCGACAAAUGCAACAACAAAUGGACAACCAGGAGUCUCAAAAGUGGGCUACCGUUUACAAGACCCUUCCCCGCAACAUGCUGUUGACUGGCACCCAAGAUGAUGAUCGCAAGGUCCCCAUUGAAAAGAUCAAGGAGCAGAUCAAGCACCUGUUGAAGGAGCUGGUUGAAAAGGACUUGGUUUCCCAUGAGAACAUUGCUGAGAAGCAAAUCACCAUGAAUGCCUUGAACGUUGCCAGAGGAUUCUCCCUCUUGACCAAAAAGGACGUUGAAACCGUCUAUGAUCAAAUGAAGUCCGAGAUGUCCUCUGAGCACAAGAAACAAACCUUGAGGAACGUGUUCUUUGACACUCUCAUCAUGUCUGGAACUGAGUACAGCGUCAUUAUUGUGAAGAAGUACAUUUUGUCCGGCGAGAUCACUCCCGUUCAAAGUGCCUCCAUCCUCUUGAGCUUGCCCCACUACCUCAUCACUCCCACCCACAAGGUCAUGGAGGAGCUUUACGAGCUUGUCACCUCGUCCAAGAUCAAGGAGCAACCCCGUAUCUACAAUCACGCCAUCAUGAGCUACACUGUCCUUCUUGAGAAGGCCUGUGUUGCUGAUAACCGCAAGACCUCCUACCCUACCUUUGUCUUUGGAGAGUUCUGUCAACCUGAUUCUGAUAUUGUUGUCAACAAGUGGAUUCCCUUCCUCCAGAGAGAACUCUGCGAGUCCAGCUCCUCUGAGAUGAAGAAUGUCAUCAUCACCUCUUUGGGACUCCUGAGCCAUCGCAAUGUCAUCUCUAUCCUUGUGCCCGUCAUCGAACAAACCACCAAGGGCUCCAACCUCAACCGAUUCUUGGCCAUCUACUCUUUGGCACAUGCUGGCCGUCGCAACCCUGAGUUGACCAUUCCCAUUGUGUUCUCCGUGUUCAGCAACCGUGCUGAAUCCACUGAGGUGCGUGUGGCCGCUUUCAACACUCUGCUGAAGUUGAACCCCCCCAUGGCUGUUUUGCACAAGAUUGCUGCCUUCACCUGGUCGGAAAAGGACAUAGAGAUCCUGAAGGUUGUCUACACUGCCUUCUUCUCCUUGAAGGAGCAACGCGAGAUGGAACCUCUGAUGACCAGCAGCAUGAGCCUCCAACGCAAGGCUGCCAUUGUCUUCCCUCUGAUGAAGCCUGUUGAAGGUGUGUUCCCCUCCUCUGGAACCAUUUACUCGGCCGAGUAUCUCAAGGACUUGAAUAUUGGCUUCCAAGGUGUGUCCUCUUGGACCUCCUCCAAGGACUCCAUUAUUCCCACCGAGGUCUACACUAAGAUGGUCUACCUUAUGGACCGCUACACUUUCACUCCCAUUGAAAUUGGAGCUAGAAUUAAAGGAUUUGAGAACGUGGUUGAGGAACUCGUCAAGAUUGUGAGCUCUGGGACUGGUCGUGUCAGCGGUGAUUCUGAAGGUAUCUAUGGUCAGAUUAGAGAAUCGUUGGGAUCUGAAUGGAAGCAAGUGAUUGAUAAUCUUCGCAUCAAGGCUCGUGAGGGCACUGGUGUCGAAUCCUUGGUCUACAUCAAUCUGAUGGAAAAUGCCCCCAUCUUCAUGAGCCUUGAGGCUUCCUCCUCUGAAAUGAUCCGCGAAAAGAUUGUCCUUUUCAUGGAGAAUCCCAGCCUUCUCAGAGAGAAGUUUAAUGGAGAGAAUGAGAUCAACUACCAACGUGUGUUCUACCUGGCUCCUUCUGAGUUCAUGAUUCCCUCUGAUAUGGGUUUCCCUAUUCUGAUUGAGUUCCACAUGCCUUUGACCUUCUCCCUCCGUGGAAAGAUGAACGUUCAUUGGGAUAGCCGAGUUCCCUCUGUCAAGAUGAACGUCAAGACCUUGUUUGCCUCCCAAUACACUGGAUGGGUUGGAACCAUUUGUCCCUUCACCGAGGAAUUCGUUCUUACCGGAGCUGAUGAGCACUCCGUUGUCAACCUACCAGCUGACUUCUCCAUCGACCUCAAUGUUCAGGACCAAAAGCUGAAGAUCCACGCCAAGGUUUUGCCCGAGGUCUCCGAGACUGUUGACCUUUUGCACUUCCACGUGAGGCCAUUCAUGGUCUACCAGAAGAACUGGGACCUCACUCCCAUGACGUUGAGCCACAACAUCAAGUUCAUCAACUCUCAGCAAAAGGAACAAGUUGUCUCCAAGAGCUUUGGUGACUAUUUGGGUCUCUCUCUUAAGGGUGUCCUGAAGACCGAAUCGCCUUUCGCCAAUAUGUAUUCUUUCACUCGCAAGAUGAGACUGUUCAACUUGAACCCUUUGAACUUGAUCCGAUUCAGCUGGGCCAACACUGCCUUGAAUGAAAAUGAGAUGCCCUCUAUCCGCAAGCACGAGUACAAGCUCCAAUACAAUCCCACUGAGUCUCAUACCCGUGAGAUUGAGAUCAUUGUUGCCACUGGAUGUGCCAUCAAGAACUUGGAUUCCCAAGUCAGAUACCACGCCGUCAGAGCUAAGCGCGAGGGUGAGGGAGGUCUCCCCUUUGAAGUCCGUGAGGUCACUGACUCGUCUGUCCACCCCAAGCGUCAAGAGAUGGUCCGUCAAACCCUGGAGAAGAUGGAUAUCCAAUCUGGAGUUGGUGUCACUUUCUUGACCACCAUUGCCCUGAAGGGAUCCCGCACCCGCUCUCUAAGCUAUGCUCUGAACUUGGCUGGAGGAGCUGAAGGACUCAAACAAAAGUGGUCUGUCACUUUGGAGUCUGAGACCACCAACAAGAAAGUUUGUGUGAACGGUAUGGUUCAUUUGCCCAACUCUCCAAUGUGGAGAGUCAAGGAUGUCCGAGCUACCAACUGGAACUACUACUUCAAGAAUGUCAUUGGCUUUGGUCAGCAAUGCACUGAGUCGCAAAUCAAGAUUGAGGGAACCAGCAAGGUCUCUGAAGAACAAAAGGAAUGGAGCAGGGAGUCCCCUGAGGCCAGGGAGUUGUACAAAAUUGAGCAGAAGAGUGGCAGUGUUGCCGAGUUCUCUGAGCAAGCUGAGCAAGUCAAGAUCCAAGCCAGCACCAUUGAUGAGAUUGACUAUCGCGUGGAAUACCAGAAAGUUCCCAGGGUGAUCAUGCAAUGGAACAGCCGUGCCAUUGAGAUGCUCAAGGGAUACUGGUGGGCUUACUUGAAAGCCUCCACCCCCACCAACACCCACUUCCAUGAGGAGUCCCAAUCCGACACUGAGAAUGUCCACAUCAAGAUCCAUCCCAGAAGCAAGGUGUUUGACCUCACCAUCAACCGUCGCAGUGAAAUGGUCAAGUUCCAAGGCAUCCGAAUCCCCUACCCUUUCACCUAUUUCUUCCCUACUUCCGCCAUCCAAGGCAGCAAGGGUAUGAACAUCCAGAGCAUCAUGGGUAAGAACGUCUAUCCCGAAUGUCGCUUGCACAAGGACUCCAUCCAGACCUUUGGCGAGAAGACCAUCCGUGUUCCUAGCAUUCAUGAUCAAUGCUACCAUCUUUUGGCUGCUGAUUGCUCCGAGAAUAAGCGAUUUGGUGUCAUGGUCCGUUCUCUGGGACACAGCGCUGUCCAAGGCAAUGAAGUGAAGAUCUUCUUGGGACGUACUAAGAUUGUUUUGACCCCCGGUUCCUCUUACUCCUCUUACAACAAGCACAUGAAGGUUGUGGUUGAUGACUCCGAAAUCUCUCUUGUCAAAGAUUCUGCAAAGGAUAUCAAGGACAAGUCAGGAAACCGCGUGGCCACUGCCUACCUCACCCGUGAUAAUGCCAUUGUUUUCAAAUCAACCAUCCUGAACAUCCAGUUUGACGGUGAGAUGAUUGACAUUAAGAUGUCUCCCCUUUUCAAGCGCAAGACUUGCGGCAUCUGUGGCUCGGCCAAUGGCCAAAUCAAGGGUGCCCUUGUCGGUCCCCAAGGUUGUGUUUACUCCAAGCCCGAGAUCUUUGCUGCUUCUUACCGUGUGGAACAUGGCUCUGAGAACUGCAAGCCCCUCCCCAAGAAAGUCGAGCAAGAGUUGAUCAAGGAGAAUGAAGAAUGCGCCACCUACAAAGAAAUUCCCACCAAGGUUACUGGAUCCUUCAAGGCUCAGGCUGGCGAGUGCACCGUCCACCGUCAUGAGAUCAUUGAGAAGUCCAAUGAGUUGUGCUUUUCCAAGGUCCCCUUGACUGAAUGUGGUGCCCAAUGCCGCCCUGCCCCUGAGGAAGGUCUCCUGAGGAAAGAUGUCGACUUCACUUGCAUGGAAAAGAACCGCAUGUCUUACCAUUAUGUGGAGAAGAUCCGCAACCAACAGGUGCUUCGAGAGCUCAAGACUCUUCCCACUUCUUUCUCCUUGUCCAAGGAAAUGCCCCGUAUUUGUGUGCCUGUCCAUGGAUUGUAAAUCACGCAACCUUACAUCCCAGACUUCUUCCAUCCGUGAGAUAUGGGAAGCAUACUUCUGAACUAACUUUUUUAGAAACACUGGCAUAUUGAAAAACAUUGAUUCAGACGUGAAUAAAUGUAACCGAUGAGUCAA